AGCGUUUUCAUCGGUCACACUGGUCGACAUCUGCUACUAUGAGACGCUGUUAUGGUAGAGGAGCGCCACUGAGGGCUGGCCUCUACGUUUGUUGUUUAUCGGCUUUUCUGUUCUUCGGCUACGAUCAAGGAGUUCUUAGUGGUCUGCUUCAGAAUCCUUUCUUUCGAGAACAAUUCAACAAUCCCAGCGAUGUAGUCACCGGCAUCACAGUAGGCAGCUAUUGUCUGGGAUCCCUGAUCGGCUGCGGCAUCAACUUCUUCAUUGGAGACUAUUUCGGACGUCGACGAAUGAUAUGGCUGGCUAUGAUACUCAUUAUCAUCGGAGCAACUCUGCAGACGUCCGCCGUUAAUCUGGCUCAUCUCAUUGUUGGCCGCAUCAUCACUGGAUUCGGAACCGGAAUCGAUAGCAGCACGGUCCCUAUGUAUCAGUCUGAGCUGUCGAAGAAGGAGUAUCGUGGCCGACUCGUCAGCUGGGAGAUCUGGUUUAUCGGUGUUGGCAUCGUUUUGAGCUACUGGAUCGAUUAUGGGUUCAGCUAUGUGCAGUCUCAUGCUGCUUGGCGUACUCCCAUCGGAAUUCAGUUAAUAUUCGCGAUCAUUGUGGUGUUCGUGGUCUGGGGCUUGCCAGAGUCGCCAAGGUGGCUCGCAAAACGCGGCCGAGAAGAUGAAGCCGCAGAAGUCAUCUGUGCAGUCUGGGACUUGAAGCCGGACGAUCCGUAUGUGAUUGAGGAAAUGGCUGUGAUUCGUGCUGCAGUUGCUCUUGAAAGACGCGAAGGUGGUCAGUCAUACAUGUCAGUCUUUAAGCCGGAUGCUCUUCAAACUCCACGUCGAGUCGCACUCGCGUGGUUUGGACUGUUCAUGAACCAGAUGGGCGGAAUCAAUCUCGUGGUGUAUUACAUGCCAACAGUGUUGGUUCAGAACGUUGGCCUCAGCCUGAAUACCUCGCUACUUAUCGCUGGUUUCGUCCAAAUGAUGUUCAUCUUCAUGCUCAUAUUCGGUGGUACAAUCAAUGUCGUGCCUUGGGUAUACGGACCAGAGAUUUUGCCGCUCGAAGCAAGAACCAGAGGAACUUCCAUCUCGGUAUCUGCUCACUGGCUAUGGAACUUUUUCAUUGUCAUGAUUACCCCCGUGCUCAUCAAUCGCAUCGAUUGGGCGACAUACAUUAUCUUCACCAUUACUAAUGCUGCCUUCGUGCCCAUCGUGUAUUUCUUCUAUCCUGAAACAAGUAAGAUCAGUCUGGAAGACAUUGAUAAGUUAUUCUUGCCUGAGGAUAUGCAAGAGUUCGCCAAUCGCAACUCGAUGGACGGUGCCCCAGGAUCAGAGAGCAGCAAGGGCGAAACAACCAACGUUGUUGAGAAGAUCGCAUGAAGUCCUUUGUUCCAGCGAUACAACUUUCAGCGGACGGAAAGGUGCGUGAGGCAUGAAACAAGGCUUGUAGAUCCAGUCUGGUAGUUCAGCGCUUGAGAAGCUCCGCGUGCAUUGGGAUAUACUCUCACAAUACAGU